AUGACAGGAGCCGAGGCUGGGACUGAGACACGGUUGGAAACUGAGACUGUUAUGACCAGAAUCGCAGAGACUAAUGAGGAGACAAAAACUCCAACAAGCAUUACUCAUGACUACAUCUCGGAUCAUAAGCUCGUAAACCUACAAAUCGCCAACCAUCAUUCACACCAUCACCAGAAGGUCAACGGUGUCAUAAGACAAAAACGUCCGAGGGAGGCUUCUAGCCUAAAUCGUUCUGAAAUAAACAAGUACCAAGAUGUGAACAUUUCUGGAAAAUGCAGUGAAACAUUUAAAGGGCACAAGAGCAAUCUGGGUGAUCUUUCUCUUCACAAUUCAAUUGAUAACAAGGCAGACAAACGACACGUACCUUCAGUCCCAAUGAAAAUCUUGGAUGCUCCAGGUCUGAAGGAUGAUUACUAUCUCAAUUUGAUUGACUGGAACACCACAAAUCUUAUAGCCAUUGCUCUUUCCAAUGUUGUGUAUGUUUGGCUCCCAGAGUCUGAAGCAUUUGAGGCCAUAAAAGUGGAAUCUGACUAUGUCUCAUCAGUAGCCUGGAUUAAAGAUAGAAACAACCUUGCACUUGGAACUAGUGCUGGUGACGUGCAGUUGUGGGAUGUUGAGACUAAGAAAAGGAUACGAAACAUGCAGGGUCAUAGUUCAAUGGUUGGAUCACUGAGCUGGAAUGAUUACAUUCUUAGCAGUGGUUCAAAAUUUGGCUCCAUUCACCACCAUGAUGUACGGAUAGCACAGCACCAUGUUGGAACACUCUGUGGGCACACCUCUCAAGUCUGUAGUCUGAAAUGGUCACCGAAUGGCAGGUUCCUUGCAAGUGGAGGCAAUGAUGGGUUGCUGAACAUCUGGCCCAAUGCUCCAGGAGCUGGUGUUAGGACUGUACCACACAGGACCAUUGACAAUCGCCAGUCAGCAGUGAAGGCCAUAAACUGGUGCCCCUGGCAGCCAGGAAUUCUAGCUGUCGGGGGAGGAAUGAAAGAUGGACAUUUACGGAUUUGGGACACAAAGACAGGGAGCUGUGUGAAUGAUGUAGACACAAAGUCACAAAUUUGUUCACUGAUCUGGUUACCAAAGUAUAAGGAGUUAGUUACUGGCCACGGAUUUCCCAGUAACCAAGUUUCUGUCUGGACUUAUCCAUCCCUUAGCAAGUCAACUGAGCUCAAAGGUCACACAGGGAGGGUGCUGCACCUGGCUCACAGUCCUGAUGGUCGUACAUUGGUUUCAUUGGCUGCUGAUGAA